AUGGAUUCUCCAGAAUCUCCGCGCUCAGUCGGCGGCGGCGGUGACGGCCCGCAUCCCGGAUCCCCUGCUUCUCAGUCUCAGGGGAGCGGAAUUGCGAGUGGCCCCAAGACCCGGACGACUCGAGGGAAAUACAUUUCCAAGGCCUGUGGUACCGAUGCUCAAGCUAUCCAGUCCCUAAGGGAUCAAGUGGCUUCUCUACAGGGAGGACUGGACCUCUUGCGUCGGCACCAGUCCCAACAGCCAUCGGAAAACCAGUCGAGCCCACUGCAGACGCAGUCAGAGGUUGCACCCACAGUAAUUCAGAAUCUACAGGUUCCGUUAGGCAAUCUGAGUGACGAAGUAGUGGACUCAGAACGUCAACCUGGCCCUAUCGUCGUGGACGUGGAAUCCUCCGCCAGCCAAGACGAGCCUCGGCCAUCCGCCAGUUAUACCUUCAACAUCAGUCUCGCAAGAACACACCUACGGGCACGAGGUAUCGGGACCGCCGACCACGAGCCUGGCGGGAUGCCUGGAUCCGUGAACCCAACUCGACCGCCAUCGCCAUCCAUUCAAACAGCCUCCGGCUUAGAUGUCGGAUCAAUAGAUCCUUUGUGGCUCAUCAACGAAGAGGAAUCCGUGCGGUUAUGCAAUGUGUAUGAAGAAGAGAUUGGGAUUCAGUACCCUUUUCUUGACAUUCAGUGGCUUAUCGAACGAGUCCGAAGCCUUUACCAUGCUAUGAACAGUGGCUCUCGCGUCGGGUUCGCCUUUGCUGCGAUCCCGGGGCCGACAAUCAUAGAUCCUCAGGAUCUGGGUUUAGUCAAGAUGGUCCUAUCUACGGCUUUGACGGUGGAAGCAGGAGGCUCCAGUCAACUUGGCAAGUCCCUGUUCCUGGAUGUGAGGAAAUCAUCACACGAUAAGUUAUGGGAAUCGGCAAGCCUCAAGUCUACCAUGCUUUACAUUUUGCUAGCGGUGUACAGCUUCAUGACUGGCGAUGAUUUACAAGCUUGGAGGCUGGUGGGUAUUGUUGCCCGAUGGUGUUUGGAAAUGGGCCUUCACCAGUCUGCAACAAUUAGCAAAACAUUCAAGGAUGCUGGAAAACGUAAGAUGGUCAUGCGGCUCUUUUGGUGUGUCUACACAUUGGACCAGCGGUGGGGCUUCGGCGCGGGUCUGCCCUUCGUGAUGCACAACUUUGAUGUUGAUCAGCAACUACCAGAGCCAGAUCAAGACGUGCCGUAUCUCAGGGCCAUGGUUGAGUACAGUCGAAUCGGUGACAAGGUUUGGGCGACAUCGUACAACUCCGCCAGAGCAACGGGCGCUAUCCGAGACGACGAAAUCUCCUACCUACUAUAUCGUAUAGACCAAUGGUAUGAGGAUCUUCCGGGAGACCUGAGACUUUCUCCAAACGAGCAGACUGCUAGUCCCAAUAUGACCUCUGCGACCUCUAGAGGCCUUCAGCGGCUGCAGCUUUUACUCCAUCUACGGGCCAACCAGAUGAAGAUCCUUCUGCUUCAGCCAUUCCUUCACUCGACAUCCAGUCUCAAAUCCAACAAAUCCAAGAUCCAGGCACUUGUCAACUUGGCCAAGGACACCAUCCAGAUGCUCGACUCUCUCAACAAAUCAACAGACAUCUACCAAAAUCAACAAAUGUGCUUCAACCAUUUCCUCGUCUCCGCUCUAGGCGUCAUCUUCCUCGUCGUGACUCUAUCACCAAUGGAACACGGCACUUCAGUCCGAGACGAGUUCCACAUCGCACUCGAUCUAAUUCGUGGUCUCAGCGCCAGGUCGUAUGUCUCUAGCCGGCUCUGGAGGAGGAUCAGCGACCUACGACUCGCUUGGAGAAAGCUGGGAUUGAACGGUCCGCAAUCGAGAGAAGGCAGAGAACCUAGUUCCCAGGGCCACGCGCUAGUCACGCCACCCAACUCUUCCGGUGGUGCGGACAUCCCGUCUGGGAACGUGCCGACAGCUGUCGAUGAUGCGUUGCGCAAUCCAGAGCUUGAUACAUGGCAAACAGGCUCGGGUGAGCCUUUCACCGAGGCUCAGAUGGCGCAGGAGUUGAAUGAUUUUUUCAAUUCAAUAGAUGGCGGGGGAGACUUUGGGAUUCCGUUACCCGUUCUUGGUACUGACCUUGAUGGUGUUGAUGCAGAGCGUGAUCCCGAAGACUCAUUUCUCGAGGAUGAUAUGAACACCUCGAUGGAUGUGUCUCACUUAUUUGUAGAUAUGCUAUGA